CUUGUGUGUGGGCCUAGUAGUUAGUUUUGCUUCCACAAUUUGCACCGGCGACCAUGGGCGGCGUCAGCCUCCGCUGAGGAAGUUGUUGGUCUGGUGAAGAGAGAGAGAGAGAGAGAGAGAGAGAGAUGAGCAUUGGGAGGAGUAGCAGCGGCAGCAAUGCGAAGGCGGCGGUGAAGAAGGCGUUGGGGGAAAUGGACUUCAACAGCAGCGGCGGAGCCAUCAACUGGUUCCCCGGCCACAUGGCCGCCGCCACCCGCGCCAUCCGCGACCGCCUCAAAGUCUCAGACCUCGUCAUCGAAGUCCGCGACUCCCGAAUUCCGCUGUCAUCGGUGAAUGCGGACUUGCAGCCUCACCUUUCCAAGAAGAGGCGAGUGAUUGCUCUGAACAAGAAGGAUUUGGCCAACCCCAAUAUUAUGCACAAAUGGACUCACUAUUUCGAAUCUCGGAAUCAAGACUGUCUCCCCAUAAAUGCUCAUAGCAAGAGCUCUGUUAAGAAGCUUCUGGAUCUUGUGGAGCUUAAAUUGAAGGAAGCGAUUUCAAGGGAACCUACUCUCCUAGUCAUGGUGGUUGGUGUUCCUAAUGUGGGCAAAUCAGCUCUAAUUAAUUCAAUUCAUCAAAUUGCAUCCUCUCGUUUUCCUGUGCAGGAGAAGAUCAAGAGAGCAACAGUGGGCCCCUUGCCUGGUGUUACACAAGAUAUUGCUGGUUUCAAGAUUGCUCAUCAUCCAAGUAUCUAUGUUCUUGACACUCCUGGUGUAUUAGUUCCAAGUAUCCCAGACAUAGAGACAGGAUUGAAGCUGGCUCUUGCAGGGUCCGUCAAAGACUCAGUGGUUGGUGAAGAGCGCAUUGCUCAAUACUUGUUGGCAGUAUUGAAUACCAGGGGCACUCCCCUUCACUGGAAGCAUUCAAAUAACAGAAGAAUGGAGGGUAUUCGAUAUGAACGGGAAGAAAAGCAUGAUUACAAUCUUAAAGAUCUUCGGCCAAAGAAGAAGCCACCUAAUGUCUCUGAUGUCCUGUAUAUAGAGGAUAUGGUGACAGAAGUGCAACGGGCAUUGUACUUUUCUUUGUCCGAAUUUGAUGGUAACGUGGAAAAUGAGAAUGACUUGGAGUGCCUCAUCGAACAGCAGUUUGAGGAACUGCAGAAGGCUCUGAAGAUACCCCACAAGGCAUCGGAAGCUCGUAUCAUGGUAUCCAAGAAGUUCCUUACUUUGUUUAGAACAGGCAAACUAGGUCCCUUCAUUCUUGAUGAUGUCCCUGAAGUCGAUACCGCAUCAUGAAAAGUUCUUAGGAUCUAAUGUGAAGUAGUUCAUGUGUAUCCGGAUUUAUUUUCUGGUGUAAUGUGACCUGAUGUGAAGUAGGUUUUUGGAAGAGCAAUACUUGGUCUCUAAAAUUACUUGG